ACUUGGAUCCUGUGACUUCUGCCCGUGACCCUCCAGAAUCAGAAAAAGUCAAUGUCUUGUCUUUUGCCGUCUGUGGGAGUUCAUGCAAACCAGUCUUGGAGCCUCCGCGCUCUCAAAGUGAAGAUAAUGCUUCGAGGGGUUGUUGAUGAAGAUAGAGGAACGAACCGUGCAUAAAGUAGCUGUGGAGUUAGCAGCUGUUGGCCGAGCGUCCUGCAUACAAGUACCAGUUUUCUUUCCUUGUGAGAUAGGCUUUAAUUCCGACUCGCAACUUUCUCUUCCACCAACACAAUAUGACUUGAGGAACUACUCCAGCUGAAUUUCUUAGAGUUGGUCAGAGGUCCAGCAUUAGUUUUGUGCCUAGCCCUGGGAAGUGGCAUUCUGCGUCCCACUAAUAUAAUUACUUCAUAUGCAGGCUGUAUAUACGUUCACUUACUUCACAUCUAUUUAACAGUUACUGAAAACCUACUACUACCUCUUGAGUACCAUGAUAAGUACUGGAAAUGCAAAAGGUUUAUUCCUCCCCUGAAAUAGUUCACAGACUCUCAAGGAAGACAUAGAUGCAGAUGUUUUAACCAUAAUCUGAUCAGAAUCAUAGAGCAUUUACCCUCCAGCUCCAGGACAGGAAAGCUCUCUGCGGUGGGCAGGGAUGAAAUUUGAGGAGGUCCCAGUUGCACACAUUAAAGCAACCCACAACAACACACAGAUCCAGGUGGUGUCUGCCACUAACGUGCCCCUGGCCCGUACCUCCUGUGGCACAGAAGGCUUUCGAAAUGCCAAGAAGGGCACGGGCAUCGCAGCCCAGACGGCAGGCAUUGCCGCGGCAGCGAAAGCCACAGGAAAGGGCGUGACCCACAUCAGAGUUGUAGUGAAAGGCUUGGGACCAGGACGCUGGUCUGCCAUCAAAGGACUGACCAUGGGGGGUCUGGAAGUGAUCUCGGUCACAGACAACACUCCCGUCCCUCACAAUGGCUGCCGGCCCCGGAAGGCUCGAAGGCUGUGAUGGGAAGGAAGCCUGCGCUGGAAAAGCUGACCUAAAGUCUCCACUCCAAGUGGAUCCUGCAAAAGCCCACCGUGGGAGCUGCUGGAGCUGGCCGCUCUCCAGCCCUCCGGAGGGGAGUCUUGCUCCAGCCUGCACCUGGAGCUGCAAGUGCCCUGGAGGGUCGCCUCUCACGGACAUGAGGGGGUGGGAACUAAAGUACAGCGGUGGCUGUGCUCUGACAAUAAAAGACUGUUCUGUGUCA